AUGAAAGCCCUGCAUUAUAGUGUCUCUGAAGAGCCUGAAUUGAAAGGAAAGUCUACACAAAAUCCUGAAUUUGGCGAACCAAUACGUCAAAACCACAGUGGUGCUCUACGAUAUUUAAAUGACACAGUGGGGUCUAAUGAAAAUGAAGACUUCCACCUCUCUCAAAUUGAGGAUGCUCUUAAAUCAUUUCUUACCACUAAGAUAGGUGCUAGAAAGAAUUGUCACUUCCGCUUGCCAACUGAGUUAGUCGCAGAAGAGUUGCUGGAUAAAGAGGCGAAAUUUGGUAAGCUUGGUCGCUUAUAUAAUGGAUUAUACGUGUUGAAUGAAAAUGGUAUUCAUAAACAGCAAUCAGAGGUUCCAUAUAAACGUAGAAAAAUAUCUAAUCGUACUCUAACUCGGGGAGUAAAAAAAGAGAUUUUAAAAAAGUUGCAAGUUAUUUACAUGUCUGCUGAAGAUGCAAAUGCGGUAUAUCUUGAGCAAAAUGACUUUCACAGAGACGAGACCUUCGAGGCCAGUGGCAAGUGCAGAGGACCUAAAGAGGCAUAG